UUUCUUUACGGUCCCUCCCACGUCAAGGCAAAGACAAGUACGACAAACAUCAAAGAGUGACAGUGUCCAUUGAUGAUGGAUGUACAGUUGCCAGUGCCUACUAGCUAGAGUACUGAUUGAUUGAAUCGAAUCCACCUUGCCACAAGUACGGACCAUACUUGUCUUCUUGGAACACUUUCAGGCGAGACUCUCGAACAUGAGUUGGUUCGAAACGGCAACAAAAAUCGUCGUUGGAAACACUACUAACCAACUGUGGGAACAGAUUCGAUCGAUUCGGCGCAAUGAUGAAGGAUUGACAGACAUCAUUGUGGUUCUCCAGCCGGACCAAUAUCAUCACGAGGACUUUGCUCUCUUUGUGGGUGCCCUGGGCGUCAACAGCAUUGUGGAAGCGCUCUGCCUACUCGUGGAGGGAGUGCUGCCAUCCCACGAGGUGCAGGCAUUGGGCAACAUGUUCCGGACCAACAGUAGCAUGAAGAGACUUUAUCUAAUUGAUCCUCACAAUCACCAACUCCAAUUGUUGUGGCAAGGUGUUCAUUCAAGUCAAUCUCUGAAAAAGGUUGAUCUGAUCAGGGUGUCGGCCGCUUGUGUCUUUAGUUUUUUGGAGAACCGGACAGAAUCAUCUCGCAUCAGAUCUUUUAACUUCAUGAAGUGUCCUUUUCCAAAGCGCAAUGUGGAUUCUCUCCUUGCGCAGAUCUUUCAACCAGAAGCUUUGGUGCACAUCUUGUCUCUGAUCAAAUGUAUUUUUGAAGCUGAGGAGGACAAACACCGCAUUGCUCUGGCUCUGGCCCAGAGUACCUCUGUGGAAGGAUUUCUAUUAAAGGACAAAGUUGAGCUCAACAAGGAGACUGCUGCUAUGUUUGCACAUGCUAUUGCUACGAACAAGGCACUGGAAAUGGUGGCAUUUCACAAUUUGCAGGAUGAUGCCUUGCCCAUUAUCACACAGGCAGUUGAGCAGAAUCAUUACCUGACACAUGCACAAGUCUCAGGAAAGGAAAAAGGGAUUGAAGCGAUUGCUGGAGAAAUUGCAACAGGAGACCCUGAGAAAGAUUACAAGCAGAAGGUUGCCCUUUCUAUUGCAAUGAACAAGGCAGGCCGCCGCUUUCUGCAGGAUUCCAUUCAGCGUCCUGGUGGUGCAAGUAUUGAAGAGUUUUGGUUGUCCUCAUUGGCCAAAAUCAACAAAUACACUGUUGCUUACUGUUGGAUUCGCAACUAUCCUGACAUUUUCCUUCGCGUGGCUGGUCUUGGGGAGAAAAGGGAAGAGAAAGGGAAGAGAAAGGCUCCUCUCCAUUGUGGGUGGGGGGCAAAGAAGCUCAAGACUGUGGGCUGAAAAGAAAUUUGAUCCUACCGGUACUCGGAGCGACUAUAAGCAACGCAGCUUUGAGUUUUUCUUGGUCGCCCGAGCUGCAUUCUCUGCUCUGCUUGCUACAAUUGUGUGACAUUCACGCACUGCGUUACGCCCUACCGGUAUGCGUAGUUCGCUCGUUCCAUCAUCAGGAAGGGAGCUGGCGACAGCAAAGACGUAGAUGCACUAAUGCCAAGCUGUAGCGCUUUUACUGCUCACAGGCGGCGUCCUCGCCGAAACGAAGCAGUCCAUCCAAAGUGGGCCCACGACAUCAGCACAAUCUUGCGCUAGUUGGUGCAACCAAAACAUGCUGAACUCCUUUUGAUCCAUCGCGUAGCGUAGGUGUGUCGCUGCGGCAGGCUUGGCCGAGAGUCCCGAAGAUCCCACCCGCUGUGGUCCACCGCUUGCUUGAGCUGUCCUUCAGGCACCAUUUUUGGAUUUCUUGCUGUUCGGGGAUUGUUACAUGCUACUAGUUCCCUGCAAUCCUCUUGCCAAACUGUUUGCUACUUAGCAGCAGCAAGGAAGUGGUUGCACGGUCAUUGCUACAAGCAAGGACAAGGUUUCGUGCAGACGGUGUCGCCUGGGAGAACGAAAGGCAGUGCCGCGUUGUGGGUCUCACAACUGUCACACUGCUACGUCCUUGCCAUUAGGCCAAAUACCGGUAGGGUUGUCUAGCUAGCUACUAGAAAGAUUGAAUGAUGAAGUUGAGAGUAAUACGUAUGUGCUAGCAGGUUAAAGUAAGAAGAUAUGAGCAAAAUUGUGUUUGGCCCUGAGGCAGG